AUGUGCAAAUUUGGCACAGGGGACACCUUGAUAGUAACUUGCACCAACAGUGCCACGAGUAUAUUUGCAGGCUUUGUCAUUUUUUCAGUUAUUGGAUUCAUGGCAAAUGAGCUCAAAGUUGACAUUGAAGAUGUUGCAGACCAAGGUCCUGGAAUUGCCUUUGUAGUAUAUCCUGAAGCCUUAACUCGGCUUCCUCUUUCUCCAUUCUGGGCUAUUAUUUUCUUCUUGAUGCUCCUAACACUUGGCUUGGACACCAUGUUUGCCACUAUUGAGACAAUAGUGACAUCAGUUGCAGACGAGUUUCCAAAGUACUUACGUACCCACAAGCCUCUGUUCACUCUUGGAUGCUGUGUUUCCUUUUUCAUCAUGGGCUUUCCUAUGAUCACUCAGGGUGGAAUGUACAUGUUGCAGCUUGUGGACACCUAUGCAGCUUCUUACUCUCUGGUUAUAAUAGCCAUUUUUGAACUUGUUGGCAUUUCAUACAUUUAUGGUAAGAAAAACAUAAGUGAUGUGUCCAUCACACAAAUGUUGCAUGGUCGAUAA